CUCCAAGCAAACAGAGAGACAGAAACGUGCGCGCGAAGAAAUAGGGAGAGGAGUUGUCUACAGGCUAUACAAUAUCUCCAUUGUGACAUUGGGAGGAGGAGAUCUAGAAAGAAUUGAAUGGUAGCUACACCCUGCGCGUAGAAGCGUAGUCACUAUAGGAAAGACGGGGAAUUAUUUUUUGGGCAAUAACAGAGGUGGGAGAGGGGCAUCGAAACCGAGAAAAAAAUAGCCUGAGACAGUUUCUGUGUAAAUUCUGAUUCGUUGAAUGCGAGAGAGUAAUAUAAUGUCGUCAGCAUGAUCUUAGGUAGAAGUAAUAAGCGACAAUAACGAUAACUAAACGUCAUUUUCAACAACAGACACUCCUAUUUUGUCUCAUUAUUAUUAUUCGGAAAGAGACCCUGUCAUCUGAAAGCCGACAGGACACUGCAUGGAUAUUUUCUCUGAAACCAUACAACAACAAAAAAACGACCUUACAAAGAAAACUACAUUUUGAUUGAUCUUGUGAGUUAAUUUGCGUGUUCUUGCACGCACGCACGCACACGAAACGAACCCGAAACAAAAGCAAACUCCUCCUCCCUCCGUUUUCUCUCCUCCUCUCCCUCCCCCAGUUCUUCUAUGCUCAGUUCGGUCUGCGUCUCCUCUUUCAAAGGGCGCAAGGGUGGGAACAAGUCAUCCAACAAAGCAUGUUACACUGCAGACAUGACUUGUCCGUCGGAAAGCGAGAAAAUCGUGAUAAACUGCGGGGGGGUGCGGCAUGAAACCUAUCGAAGCACCCUAAAAACGUUGCCCGGUACCCGCUUAUCUUGGCUUACCGAACCGGACGCCUUUAGCAACUUCGAUUACGACCACAAAAACGACGAGUUCUUCUUCGAUCGCCACCCGUCCGUCUUUUCAUUCAUCCUCAACUAUUACCGCACAGGGAAGUUGCACUGUCCGAACGAUGUGUGCGGUCCGCUGUUCGAAGAGGAGCUGGCAUUCUGGGGCAUCGAUGAGACGGACGUGGAGGCUUGUUGCUGGAUGAAUUACCGGCAGCACAGGGACGCAGAGGAGGCGUUGGACAGCUUUGAGAAUCCCGAACCGGAGUUGCCAGAAGACGACCCAGCUCUACCAGGAGGCGCAGAUGGGGACAUGAAAAGACUGUGCUUGCAUGAGGACGGAAGGAAAAAGACUUGGUGGGAAAUCUGGCGGCCCAGAAUGUGGGCCCUUUUUGAAGACCCUUAUUCCUCAAAAUACGCCCGGUACUGCGCAUUCCUCUCCCUUCUGUUCAUCCUCAUCUCCAUCUCCACCUUCUGCAUGGAGACGCACGAGGCCUUCAAUACCAUCUACAACAAGACGGAGAACGUGACGGAGGGAAACGUGACGCGCGAGGUGAUCGUCUACGAGGUGGUGACCGACAGCUGGCUUACGUACGUGGAGGGCAUGUGCGUCAUCUGGUUCACCAUUGAGGUGAUGGCACGCGUGGUCUUCUGCCCGGACAAGGUCGAGUUCUUCAGGAGCACCCUCAACAUCAUCGACUUCAUUGCCAUCAUGCCUUUCUACCUGGAGGUGGGGCUGAGCGGCCUGUCCUCCAAAGCCGCCAAGGACGUGUUGGGCUUCCUGCGUGUGGUCCGCUUCGUUCGCAUCCUGCGUAUCUUCAAGCUGACCCGUCACUUUGUGGGGCUUCGCGUCCUGGGCCACACGCUCCGUGCCAGCACCAACGAGUUCCUCCUGCUCAUCAUCUUCCUCGCUCUCGGAGUGCUCAUCUUCGCCACCAUGAUCUACUACGCCGAGCGCAUCGGCGCCGACCCUGAUGACCCUACGGCUGCCAAACACACAAACUUCAAGAAUAUCCCCAUUGGUUUCUGGUGGGCCGUGGUCACCAUGACCACUCUGGGCUACGGGGACAUGUACCCCGAAACGUGGUCGGGGAUGCUGGUGGGCGCGCUGUGCGCCCUGGCAGGGGUGCUGACCAUCGCCAUGCCUGUGCCCGUCAUCGUCAACAACUUUGGCAUGUACUACUCACUGGCCAUGGCUAAGCAGAAGCUUCCCAAAAAGAAGGGCAAGCACAUCCCCCGCCCCACCAUGCCGGGCUCGCCCAACUACUGCAAGCCUGACGCUCUCGCUAUGGCCACCGCCUCGCCCCAUAGGAUCCUGGGUAAUGUACUCGGCGAGGUGAUCGGGUCCGGAGGCUUCGACUGCCCCCUUGCUCAAGAGGAGAUCAUAGAAAUCAACCGAGAUUCCAAGCAGAACGGCGACGCGGCCACUGCGGCCCUGGCGAACGAGGACUGCCCUACCAUCGACCAGGUGCUGAGCCCGGACGAGCGGAGUCCCGCGGGGCGAGGGGGCACCGGAGUAACCCGGGAGCGCUACCAGCAGGACCGCGCUUGCUUCCUGCUCAACACCAGGGAAUUCCGCGCCACAGAUGGGAAUGUGCGGAAAGGUUGUGUCAUAUCACGCGUUUCAACUGGCUAUGAGAAAUCUUGCAGCCUGAACAACAUAUCAGGAAUGGCUGGGUCAACCUUGCGCCUCACUCCAAUUACUAGCUCGCCCUUUGACACCUAUGAGGCCCCAGGACCAUUGCGCCGCUGCCGUUCCCCAAUCCCCUCCAUUUUGUAGCAGAAAGGAGGUUCAUCGAUAGGACAAACAAAAUGAUGGAUUGGCUAUAAGGACAGAAUGCAUUUAUGCUGCCACUAGGGUUGUGUACAAUGCAAAACAAAUAGCAAUAACGAUAAUGAUUUUGAACGUAGAAAGAUUCUGACCACUUGUCUUGUAAAAACUAAGAUGUAUGCGUCAGGUAGCUGAUGGGGUCAACUUAAGAUUUAGUGGUAAUUCUUUAUUUUACAGCCCAGUUUAAGCUGGUAUUUACCUGGUAUUUACAUGGUAUUAAGUUAACUAAGAAACUAUGUGGUAACAAAGGUUAUUUUCAGUGAAGAGGCGACUCCGGGAUGUUGGCAGAGUUGCAAAGAAAAAGCCAUAUCUCAGACUGCCCAAUAGAAAGAAAAGAUUUAGAUGGGCAAAAGAACACAGACACUGGAAAGAGGAACUCUGCCUAGAAGGCCAGCAUCCCGGAGUCCCCUCUUCAUUGUUGACGUUGAGGCUGGUGUUUUGCGGGUACUAUUUAAUGAAGCUGCCAGUUGAGGACUUGUGAGGCGUCUGUUUCUCAAACUACAGUUACAUUUUCAAUUGCAGAAUAUGUGCGUAGAUUAACAUACUGCCAUUUUUGUGCUUUCUUGACCAAACAACCAAAGCUAAUUCUGUCCAGAAAAAAAAGUUAAGAAAUGAAACGUCUACAGUUCAUGUAGCCAAAGGGAAAACAUUUUUUUUUGUAGAUAUGGUCAAUCUUAAAUAGGUUUCUACUUAAUUUGUCACAUGUAAAUAUCAAUAUACAGUACGUAUGUAUAGACACCUUUUUUGGUGUUCAUCACAUGCUCCUUAAAAAUAUAAAUAUAUAUAUAUAUACAUAUAGGCUCAAAAGGAAGAAGUAUACAUUUAAUAAUCACAAGGCACUUUCAGUUAAUAGUUUCUAACACAUUUAAAGGGAUACUUCAGGACGUUGGCAAUGAGGCCCUUUUAUCUACUUCCCCAGAGUUAGAUGAGCUCAUAGAUACCAGGUUUAUGUUUCCAUGUCCAGCAGAGGAGCUUGGUGGGAGGAGCUAUAGGAGGAAGGGCUCAUUGUAAUCGCUGGAAUGGAACACAUUCCAUUGUAUCAAACACAUCAACCAUAUGGAAACCACAUGUUUGACUCUGUUCCAUUUACUCCAUUUCAGCCAUUACAAUGAGCCCGUCCUCCUAUAGCUCCUCCCACCAUCCUCCUCUGGUGUCCAGUAUGAAGGACGUCAGAGGUAGUUAUUCGAGCCAACGCUAAGUAGCAUUAGCGCAAUGACUGGAGCCAAGGGGUAUCUCCUAGCAUGCUGGACACAGAGACAGAAAAAUGGUAUCCACGAGUUCAUCUGACUAUGGGUGAAUUAGAUAAAGGGCAUCAUUGCCAAUAUCCCAAAGUACCCCUUUAAGCGACGUCAAAACUCUCAUAGCGAAGGGAUAGAACUGCAACUUAAGUCCAGUCCUAGCAGGUCAUGAAAGAUUAUGACAAUAACUAUCUACAAUUGUCACGGCUAAGACGAAAUGUUGAAUUAAUAUUUGAACAUCACACUUGAUGGUUAAGACACUGGUGUUUGUUAUACACUGUCAUGAACUGUUGUGUAAAGGUAGUUGCUUCUACUGUAGUGUUGCUCAACACUGUAGUGUUGAGUAAAAUAAUUUAUGUAAGUAGUUAGAAUAAGAAGAUACAUCCAUGUUAGAGAGUGAUAGGAAGGGCUGGUGAAUGGAGAGAAUGGAAAUAAGUAAAUAUAUAGUACUAGAAUACUCAAAUAUUUGUUAAAAUACUGUGAAUUAUACAAAAUGAUGUAUAAAAUAAGCCGGAUUGACUAGUAUAAUGUAUGUAUCAGCUAUCACUAAUGCAAACACUUUACCAACACGUAGUAUUACUUUACAAGUUGCAUGUGCAGAUUAUACAUAAACACACACCACUUUACAAUACAUGAAAGAUAUAUAUUAUCGUAAAAAGCAGAACGGGGACAUAAAUAUUUAACAUUUAUUCCAACCCACUGAAGGCUCAACCAUCUGGAUCAAUAUUUCUAACAGUAGGAUGUUUAGUUUAUAUAAAUAUCUGUUUUUACUUUUGAUAUCAUUUGGUACCUUUUCAUUAUUAUUUCGUCUUGCUUCUUAAAAAUCAAAAAAAAAAAAAAAAGGAAUAGAAAAAUUCAAUGAAACAAUUUAUUCCACCUCUCAAAAGUAAUUAAAUAGAGGGGAUGAGACUGGUCCUCAAAUGGGAUGCAGUAAAGAAGAACAACUAGCUAGAAUACAGUCAAUAUAUAUUUGUUAUGAUCUUUAUUAAAUACAACAGAUUGUCUUUAGUUUCCACAACCAGUCUUCCCUCUUGGAUUGCCAUCUUCGUAUAUAAUAAUUAAUAGACAUGAACAUGUCAUAUGAAAAGAGAAUCACUCAUGCUCAUAUAUGCAAUAUUACAUGCAAUAUUACAUUAAUGCGGGAAACAUACUGUGCACAUACACGUAAUUAUGCAAAUCUAUUUUUAAUCCUCAGAGAGUGCACAGACUUAAUAGGCAAUCUACCUAUCUAAUUGGGGCGGCACCUAGUGGUUAGAGCGUUGGGCCAGUUACUGAAAGGUUGCUAGAUCGAAUUCCCGAGCUGACAAGGUAAAAAUCUGUCGUUCUGCCCCUGAACAAGGCAGUUAACCCACUGUUCCUAGGCUGUCAUUGUAAAUAAUAAUUUGUUCUUAAGUUCUUAACUGGUUAAAUAAAUAACUGUUCACAAUCUAAAUGUACUUACUGUAUAAUAAUGACAUGAGCCAUUUGUCUUGUUCAAGUUGGUCUUGUCUUGAUGGUCUUGUAGAUUUUGAUGUUGUUGUAGAUGUUCUUUUUAAUUUUUUUACGCUGAGAUAAUUUUGUAUUUCUUGUAUUGGUCGCGUGUAUUCAUUGUAGGAAAUGGACUUUCUGUACCCGUCCGUAUUUAAACAAAUAUUUGUCCUCAAAAGGUCUCACCACUACCUUCAGAUCCAUAUCAUCGUAAGUACCUACAUUCCAUAAACAUAACACAAAGGAAAUAUGACAGACAAAAUUUGUGAAAAGCAGAAAGACAAAAAAAGAAAGAGCCGAAUCCCAACUUGAGAUCUGCGCGUGUCACUCGAAUUCUCACACCAAUCUCCCAUUUGCUAUCAACGCAUGGUUUACAUGAUAGUGCAAGUUGUGCACGUAGAUCUCAUGUUUGGAAUCGGCCCUAUGGGAUUCAAUCAAGAUUUGAAUCUUGACUGAGCAAUAUCCUGCCUAUCAGUACAUCCUGCCUACCAGAACUUAUUAUGGACCUAUAUAUAUUAUUGACCAAUAGUAUCAGUUGUCGUAGUCUGUCCUCACUACUCUUCGUCUAGCAGGCUUAUUGUAUGACUCUGAAAAUAAUUAAAUGUUUUCCUGGAAAUCCAAGAGCUUCCAUACAUUUGAGUUUCCAGAAUCCUGAUGUAAGGCCAUAUCCCAAUUUGAGACAUGCAUGUGCCUUUCUUUAAGCAAAGCCUCCAUUGAUGUUGGUGAUUGAUUUACUACGUUAAUGUUUGCAUUGCACAUGCACAUCUUAGGUUAGGAUGUGUCCAUAUUUCUGCACACCUGCACAUUGUCUAUAGAGGAAAACAUGUAGAAUAUGUAUCACUACUACAGCAGGUGCUAUUCAAAUAAUAUUUUAAUGAAAUUGCUGUGCUAAUUUGAAGGAAACACAGCUGUUAUGUAAAUUAAGCAAUUAAAGAAAAUGCCCACCCAUUUCUCUUCAUUGGAAUGUUUUUGUUCUAUGAUGAUUGAUUGUCUAUAGUUUAUGAUCAAUGGUGGUUAGAAUUUUUUUGGGUCAUUUGCAUAGUCACAUAGUUCGUUUUUACUCCAAUUUUCAUUCUCCAUUUGUAAACAUACCACCUGUUCGUAAUUGCAAUGGAAUGUAACUGAAAUAUAAGAAUGUAUAAACUUUGUUUCCGUAGAGAAUGAAGGCUGGUAUCAUAUUGCUGUGCUCAAUACAACAGACUUAGAACAGACCGACAAAUGUUGAAAGGGCCUCUAUGAGGCUUCUAUAGGCUGCAAUGUCAAUCUAGGAACACAUACAAGCUAGCUAGAUUUAUUUAGCUACACCUGCAAAGCAAUGCUUGUCAAUUAAAUGGUGAAUAUUGAAUAUGCGCAUAACUGUAUCUACUCACGUGAAUAUAUAUUAAAGUCACCUGAAAUUCAUUUUUCGAUGUAUACUUUGUCAGUGGGGAACAGGCAAGCUUGGAUGUGAUUGCCAAAUUGGAUUUAGCCUGAUCCAGAUGGUUAUUUUAAUAGUUUAUUACUAAUGCUACAAACACCAUGUGUCUGUGAAUAUGCUAAGAGGGGAAUUGUACAACAUUCUCAGUUUAAUUUCCAUAACUGUUAAUCAUUAUGUCGUAUUUAAACUGUUCAUGUUUAUGUGGGCUAUUUGAAUUCAUGUAAAAAAGAAACAUAUGCAACUCAGCUGAAAUUAUCUUAAACAUUCAGGAAAAUAGUUUACUUAUGCUGGAUGUAUGCUAUACAUGGUCAUAUCUGCUUCUUUAUGUACGGUUGAAGUCGGAAGUUUACAUACACUUAGGUUGGAGUCAUUAAAACUUGUUUUCAACCACUCCACACAUUUCUUGUUAACAAACUAUAGUUUUGGCAAGUCGGUUAGGACAUCUACUUUGUGCAUGGCACAAGUAAUUUUUCCAACAAUUGUUUACAGACAGAUUAUUUCACUUAUAAUUCACUGUAUCACAAUUCCAGUGGGUCAGAAGUUUACACACACUAAGUUGACUGUGCCUUUAAACAGCUUGGAAAAUUCCAGAAAAUGAUAUCAUGGCUUUAGAAUUGACAUCAUUUGAGUCAAUUGGAGGUGUACCUGUGGAUGUAUUUCAAGGCUGACCUUCAAACUCAGUGCUUGAAUUGUUUGACAUCAUGGGAAUAUCAAAAGAAAUCAGCCAAGACCUUGGAAAAAUAAUUGUAGACCUCCACAAGUCUGGUUCAUCCUUGGGAGUAAUUUCCAAAUGGCUGAAGGUACCACGUUCAUCUGUACAAACAAUAGUACGCAAGUAUAAACACCAUGGGACCACGCUGCCAUCAUACCGCUCAGGAAGGAGACACGUUCUGUCUCCUAGAGAUGAACGUACUUUGGUGCAAAAAGUGCAAAUCAGAACAACAGCAAAGGACCUUGUGAAGAUGCUGGAGGAAACAGGUAUUAAAGUAUCUCUAUCCACAGUAAAACGAGUCCUAUAUCGACAUAACCUGAAAGGCCACUCAGCAAGGAAGAAGCCACUGCUCCAAAACCGUCACAAAAAAGCCAGACUACAGUUUGCAACUGCACAUGGGGACAAAGAUCAUACUUUUUGGAGAAAUAUCCUCUGGUCUGAUGAAUCAAAAAUAUAACUGUUUGGCCAUAAUGACCAUCGUUAUGUUUGGAGGAAAAAGGGGGAGACUUGCAAGCCCGAAGAACACCAUCCCAACCGUGAAGCACGGGGGUGGCAGCACCAUGUUGUGGGGGUGCUUUUCUGCAGGAGAGACUGGUGCACUUCACAAAAUAGAUCAUGAGGAAGGAAAAUUACGUGGAUAUAUUGAAGCAACAGCUGAAGACAUCAGUCAGGAAGUUAAAGCUUGGUCGCAAAUGGGUCUUCCAAAUGGACAAUGACCCCCAAGCAUACUUCCAAAGUUGUGGCAAAAUGGCUUAAGGACAACAAAGUCAAGGUAUUGGAGUGGCCAUCACAAAGCCCUGACCUCAACCUAUUGAAAAAUGUGGGCAGAACUGAAAAAGUGUGUGCGAGCAAGGAGGCCUACAAACCUGAUUCACUUAUACAAGCUCUGUCAGGAGAAAUAGGCCAAAAUUCACUCAACUUAUUGUGGGAAGCUUGUGGAAGGCUACCCGAAACGUUUGACCCAAGUUAAACAAUUUAAAGGCAAUGCUACCAAAUACUAAUUGAGUGUAUGUAAACUUCUGACCCACUGGGAAUGUGAUGAAAGAAAUAAAAGCUGAAAUAAAUACUUUUCUCUACUAUUAUUCAGACAUUUCACAUUCUUAAAACAAAGUGGUGAUCCUAACUAACCUAAGACAGGGAAUUGCUACUAGGAUUAAAUGUCAGGAAUUGUGAAAAACUCAGUUUAAAUGUAUUUGGCUAAGGUGUAUGUAAACUUCCAACUUCAACUGUCCAUAGGAAUGUAAUAUUUCAGAACUAUACACACUUUGACAUAAGGUAACUGUAUUCUGGUCAGUGGUGAAAGACAUGUACUGUAAAGGUAAAGCUUAACAUGGGAAUAAUAUACUGAACAAAAAUAUAAACGCAACAUGUAAAGUGUUGGUCCCAUGUUUCAUGAGCUGAAAUAAAAGAUCCCCGAAAUGUUCCAUAUGCACAAAAAGCUUAUUUCUCUCAAAUUUUGUGCACACAUUUGUUUACAUUCCUGUUAGUGAGGGUAGUUCUUGAAUUGCGGAGGCAUUUGGGCAUGGCAUUUUGGAUUAUUAGAUUUUUUAAAAAUGUAUUUGGGUAUUUCCCAUUCUAAAUUAACUACUAUGGCAGCUUAAUGACUACUAAAUAAUUUUACCGUUAUGAUUAAAAUGUGCGGGCAACAGGAAUAGUAAAACCAAUGAUGUUGAUUGAUUGAUUGAUUAACACCAAUUACAUGUUUGAGAUAAUUUAGGAUUUUCUUAAAUGAAGGCCACAGAUGCUAAAAUCUAAGGUCAGUAACCCUUUACAUUUUUUAAACUAAAGUACUUUAGUUCACAAUCUAAUUUCCCUUAAUUUUAAUUGAGUAACACAAGUUACACUUUUUACACCAAAUUAUCAAUGGAAUCCUAAAAUGUAUGACACACUAAAUCACACUGUGAUUAGCUAAUCAUUUUCUUCAACAGAGACCCUCCCCCAAUAACAGUUUGCCACUGGUGGGAAUGCUCAAGGUCCUAGUAUAUCUUUGAAAUUACAGAUUUUAAAGGGCAGUAACACUAAUUCCAUAACAUUUUUGGAAACACAUUAUAUAUAUAUAAAUAGGGAUUUUAAUAGCCUUUGAUUUUCUAUCUGUACAAUAUAUUAAAUACUUUUGUUUGCUUUCUAGCAUUCAAAACAAUAGAUAGAUAUCGCCGAAUCACAAAAGCAUGUUACUACAACUUUACAACUUUAAACAUGUUACUACAUGUUACUACAAUCCACUGCUUGGAUAAGCCAUUUUUCUUGACAUAAGUACUUUAAACAUUGCAUAAACAUAACAUUUUGCAGUAUAAAGGACUUGCAUUAUGUUUUAUCAUUGACUUAACAGUUAAAUAUGAACAAAAACAUGUCUGAUGUGUACCUAUUUGUAAUUUGAAAGUUUUUUUCAUGUUUGAAAUGGCAAGGAACGCAAAUGCCACCGCAAUUCAAGAACGACCCAGCAAGUUUUUCAAUCCCUAUUCAAAUAGAUAUGAUGAUAAAGGGCAUCCUUGUCUUACACCUCUAGAUGAUGUACUAUUUUCAAAAAAUAUAUAAUUUAUUGACUUGAUUUUAUACUUCAUGAUGAACUCUUUUAGUUUUGGCCUCAUUUCUUUGCUCACUUUAAUUCCAAUCAGCUUUUCGCUUAUGAAUUUCAGGAUAUAUAAACACCUACAGUAGAUGAUUUAUGAGUUGACAUGCCUCCUCAAACUGUGCUGUUAUGUUUGAAACCUGCUAGUAGUUUAUAAAAAAUGCAGGAGCCAACUGACCCAACAGAAUCAUCAUAAAUUGUGAAUGUAGCAGUGUGUUGAAUUAGUAAAAAGGAUGACAUCAUUUAGUUUUAAGAAUACAAACAAAACAAAAAUAACAUCAAUGAAUAGCGGGAUAUUUAUGUGGAUACUUGCACGUUUUCCUGGAGAAAACUUUAACCAGCUAUUUUUCAGUGGACAUUGACAGAUGAAGAGAGAUGGAAUGAAGAUCAGUUUGAGAAGAGACAUUCUAAGUGUGAGAGGAUGUUGUGUAAUUUUGUGGUGAGACUUUGUAAGAAUUUCUUAACACAUCCAUAAGCAAUGCAUUAUGCUCUUAUGAGACACAAACAUAUUUGCAAUUACAGGUAAUGCCACAACAUUACCAGUUGCUACCACACAUGUAUUUAUACUUACUUUAUUCAUGUUAAUUUAUUAGCUUCCCAAGGUAUUAUGCAGGGCUUAUAAAGAUGCUAUGAAGUUCUAAUGUAGUGUUGAGUCUACUCUCUGAUGUACAGUGCCUGUCGUGUUGACAUAAGAUUGUGUUAGUGUGUUUUCUUCAUUAGGAUAAUAUGUGUAUGUGUGUCUGUCUGUCUGUCUGUCUUGUCUGUGUCUGUGUUGAAAGUGUUGUGCCCUUCCUGUCUCACACAAACACAAACACAAACACACGCACACACAUACAGUACAAACACACAAUUCUACAAUACUCCUCCCCCCCACACACACACCAACACACACAUAAUGAUGUCAUGUGGUCAAGUAUUUUUUGCAAAAGAGAAAUGGUAAACAGGUAUAUAAUGCAAAGUGAAGAUUGAACGUGUGUACAGUAGUUUGAUUGGAGAGGGGAGGGAUUGGUUGGGCGCUGGUGUCAUUGGAUGUGAUGUGUGACUGCAAAUACAUCUGUCACCUGUAGUCACAGGUGAAGGUACACCGUUAAUGUAGAGAAAUGCCCCAAAUGUAUGUCAAAUGUCCUUGAUGUCUUUAGAAUUGUCAUUUAUAGUAUAAGUUCAAAAUAUGUACAUUUUACUCUCACAUGCACAGUAAACCUGCAGCAUCCAGGUAAAGCAGAUCCCACAUCAUUUCAUAUUGUCAAUUGUGUAUAAGUUACAUUUAAUUUGAUAUAGGAAUAUAUGUAAUACUAUAAUGAUAUACAUUUAUGUAAAUGAGUAACAGUUGGGGGCCUUAUUUGUCCUUUUAUACUCAGAAAAAUAUUGAUAAACUACUGUAUUGGUAGCAUGCUAAUUUCUAACGCUACGACUGCUAAAUGUAAAACCUUUCUUCACUGUAAUCCUAUUCAAUCUUAAAGUGUACAAAAUUAACAGCUGUUUAUUCUUGUCUUUGCAGUGUUAAGUUUCUAGCAAUUUCUCUAAAGAAGACAUACUGAGUCAGUUAAUCAGAAAUGAGCGGAGGGAGCCACUUUAACCAAGACGUGUGACACGGAUGGAGAGUUAAAAGGCAUAUCUUUGGCGUGACGAGAGAGAGAGAGACCGGAGGGUGAUCAAGAUAAACAUGAGGUUGGAUCUUUACGUUGUUACCAAAGCAGCCUCUUGGAAACUCCGGCCACACUUUUGAAGACUGUCUGACCGAUCACAAUGACGACUGACUGAGCAUUGCACUGACACACUCAGAGAGAAAAGGACUCCUACUGCAACAUUCCAGAGGACAUUAUAUUGUGACGCUCAACCAUCUCACAGUACAGUGACCAAUAACCGACUGCAGUGCUGAUCUACUGAGCAACUUAGAGAAUCAAUUAAUUAUCACUCACCUAUAAACGAGCGACCAGGUCUACCUAACUAUGUAGCAUCUCUGCUAACACUGUAGCAUUUGUUAGCUGGGAAAAUAACGUCAUGACCUUAUCCAUUGACAGGUUUGAACAGAGCGAUGCGGAAAGACGCACUAAAUGAAAACUUUACAUGCCGUUUUCCUCUUGUGUUAUUUCCUUUUACAAGAAACUAUUGUACAUGAGAGACAAAGACAAGUUGCCCUCGAACGGUUCUUUGGAACAUUUGUGACAGCAACUAAACCAGUUACAGGUUAAAUGAAUCAGAGAACUGAAUUUGGACAUUUGAUCAUAUAUCUGUUCUCCCACCUCACGAAUGAGUUCGUGACUUGUAGAAGUGAAAGAGAUUGGUUAUCAAUCAAGCCUUUACGUCUCCCAUUAAUUUCCAUUCAAUUUGGAAAGACGAUGCCAGGCCCUCAACAUAGUGUAAUAUAUGCACAUAUGAUAGAAGUACAUAGAUGACCAUACCAAAUGGAUGUAGCAUCAACAGAGGACCAAUUAGUACUGUAUUUUUUACCCCUGCAAAAUAAUUAUUGAUGGACAAGACUCUCUCUGUCUCUCACGUACUUACUUUGAAAUCCACGUGGCAUACUGUACCAAAGGUCCUAUGCAUGCACUUGCUGUAUGACUUGCCUAUAAAGUAACAACAGUACGGGCUGCUAUGGGAUGAACACUCCAUGUAUCUAGAGCAAAGCUUUGAACUGCCCUUGAUACCUUCAUUAUCGCCUCGCUUUGGUACAAACGUACAAGUUGGAAAUGCCAUUCAUGUAUAUAUAUAACAGAGGUCAUUCCUGAGUAUAUUUUAAAACAUAUUUAAUUGAAUUAUAUUUAUUACAAUUACAUUCCUCUUGAACAAAAAAAUACUUCAUGAACAUACGUGUAUGACAGACACUGGUAUCGGUCACUAUAAAUUGACUAAUUUACCUGCUGCUCAAAUCAAUCAUGAGUAGAGCACAGACUGACUAAAGGUCAAGUCCCAUGCACAGACCUGCCAACAGGAGGAAUAAGGUUCUAACUUAAUUACAGCACAGAGGAUGCCUCCAUAAUAAGGAUACCUUGAAGUCACAUCAACGUGUAUCCGGUGGUGGAAAAAGUCCUCUGCUGUGGUUUUUACAAGGAACUAAACAUGCACAUAAUACUAUUAUUAUUAUACCAGAUGCAUAUAUACUGCCAAUGAGGAAAAUAUGUUCCCUUAUGCUUAUACUGCCCCCCCCCUCCCCAGACGCAUAUACUUCCCUCAUCUCUCUCUUGUUUCCCUUGCUGCCAAGCAAUGACCAAUGACUGCUUCAGGGUUAAGUCAAGCCUCCAACAAGAUAGCGAUGCCCUCCAAAUGAGACCAUUAAUAAAGUAAAACUGAGGAGAAAUGGACCAAGGAAGUAAGAAAGGGGGACGUGUACAAAGAGAACAAAUCUAUAUUUUGAUAAACAAAUCAGCUAUCCAUGGCUUCAGAUGGAGAAGGAGCCCCAACUGAAAACAGGGUCAAAAUGCCAUUGGGAAAAGCAGUUGCAAACGUCUGUGAAUAUCAUAAAAACCUAUAUCGGAACUGGUUUGGCAAAAAAGAAAGAGAAAAGUAGAGGAAUAAUAAUAUAUGAGAAUUACGUUUUUGGAAGGUUGAUGUGGUGGUUUGACAUUCGCAACUGUGUUACAACAAUAAAGAGAAUAAUGGAGAGAGUCACAUGAGUGAGAGAAGGCUAUGGGGACGGCCCGGAGUGGGUGGGGCCCGGAGUAGGGACGGCCCGAAGUGGGUGGGGCCCGGAGUGGGGACGGCCCGGAGUGGGUGGGGCCCGGAGUAGGUGGAUGCUGUACUAAACAAUGAAGAAGGGAAAAAAAGAAAAUGCAUUUUUGUAACUUUGUUUACCAGCAUGACUUCCCUGCAUGACUGUCUUUUCUGCAAGCCCUUUGUUGAAGACAAGGGUACUAGAGAUACAAAAAAAAAUAUAUAUAUAAAAGGAAUUAUUUAAAAAAUGUUAUAUGCAAUUAAUAUAUAUGGAAAAAGAUUAUAAUGAAAGAGAAGAGCUAUAUUUUGUUUUGAAAAAGUAAAAAAUGUGAAUAUUGAAACAUGUUUGUUUGCAAAAUACACACUGAGCUAUGUUAUGUUAGAUGAAAUCUCUCUGCUACUACUGCCCCACAUUCUGCAUUCAUUCAUUCAAUUUUAUUGACCUCUGCAGUACUGUCUGCUUUUAUUAAGCUGUACUUAAGUGUUUGUUGCUUCUUGUUUCGUUUUUGUUUUUUAUUCUAGCCAGUUAUAAUUCUAUCUAAAAUUAGCAUUUAAGGGUUAAUUUCACUCUUCAUAUUUGUGAAGUGAUCUUAGUCCUUUUCAUUGAUUCAAAAACUCAAAUGUUGUUUCCCUUCCUUUGAUCAUUUUCACCACCACUGUAGCAGCCAUUUUAAAAUCGAUAGCUCUCCAUACUGUAUGUUUGAAAGGUGUAUACAUUACAAAUAUUUAAUGUUUGCUUUUAGUUGUUGUUGAGAAUAAUAGACAAUUUUGUCAUAUGAUUGUAGCAGGGCAAAUUGAUACCAUGGAUGGUUACCUUCUAUGCCUGUUUGGAGAAGUUUGUAACAGGUUGUUAUUGGAAGUGGCUGGGUGGGUAUGUUCUGGGGAAGGCAGUUUUCUUCCAUGCCGGGAUUUCAUCCGAUCAGCGGUAGAUCCGUGUUAUAGUGCGCUUGACAUUUAAAGGUAAUUUCCAAUUGAGCCGUGAACGCGGUCUACGCGGACGUGGGAACGUUGCCUUUAAAAGGUGCAUAGCUGACAAAGUGCGAUUGGAUUGAAUCACAGACUUUGGCCCGGGGUCAAAACGAAUGCAGAUUAAUGACCUGUGCACUGCGAUUGAUUUUUAAAGGCGAUUUAAACUGCUUGAGUCGACAUCUGCGGCUUUUACAGCGAACAUUAUCUGUGUCUUUUGAAGUCAAUUGCUGUGCUGGAUUGAAUCCGGGGCCUUAGUUAGUUAUCCAAUAAAGUGCAAUAUCUGUUCAUGAGAGAGAGAGAGGUCGGUCAAGAGAGAUUUGUUACUAGUCGAGAGAUUUCAGGUUUGCAUGAAACAAACUGCCAUUCCAAAGUUGUGUCUGUUUUAAAAGAGACUCAGGUGUGUCGGUGGUUUGUGUGGAUUUAGGUGGUUUGCUAUUUUUCGUAUAUAAUAAAUUCUAGUAUAUAGAUACAAUAAUGUGAACACCUUACAGUGACGUGAAACGCAUGCAUUGUGACUUGAUUGUCGAUCUCCUGAGGGAACGCGGUCUCGCCAUAUCCCAAGCUCCUUUGUUGUGUGUCCUGAAACCAGUCCUGAUGUUAUGAACACUGUGCCGUGUCGUAGAGCAGCAACGUCUUCCUUGGAGAGACAACUGAACACUACACACACUCUCAGUGUCAGCAUGGGUGUGUAGAGGUAGCUUGUCCUUGUUGUUGGGUGGUCAGGUCUUGCAUUCGUUCGUCAUCCAUUCGAGAACCAUCCAGCUGAUAGUCGUCGACGGGCAGCAGCUCACGGUAGCAUACGUAAUGUUAUAACACGCUUCAUACACGUUAUAACAUGUUAUAUCACACUUCAUACAAAGACCCAGAGCUUCCAAACUGAUGUCAUUGAAGUACUUUAAAAUGAGGGGGGAGAGUGAAAGAACCAGUGGCCACUACUGUGCAAGUUGGGUAGGUGUAGAAAUGUGUAUUUCACUAGAGUUCCCCACUGUUGAACAGGUUGGGUGAAUGUUGGUUUUCCAGACACUAUCUUUAAUAACAGUGGCUUUCUCUUAAGGGUGUAAGCCCUGGCAGGUCCAGGAUCAGCCCAGGCAGCUGUAAAAAGAAAAACUAUCUCUGUCCAUCCCUAAUCAUGCAUUCUAAUUGGACUAUCACCACUAGACUAGACUUAAAUGAAUGAACUAUGGAGGUUACUCACUUAUUAAGUUCAAUCUAUUUUGGUUUUUACAGGGUCUACAAUGUUGUCCACUUUCCCGCAAAAAUUGGUCCAUGAUAUUUUUCUUCUUCCUCAUCGUUUUGUUCACUUUUUCCUUUCAAACUAUGAUUUCAGUCAUUCUUUUAGAAGGCGUUAAGCCACUUAGGCUUUGGGGGUCGCGAACUGUAGUGUUGAUAAAUAUUCCAGAGGUAAACUUCCAGCAACCACCGUUCGUGACCUGAACACACUCGCAAAUUCCGAAGAAUUUUAGAUAUAUUUUGGGGUGGUUAUGUUAUAAUAUAGCACAGUAUUGUUAAUACUUUCUCUGUUAUUGACUGAUGAGUUUUACAUUCCUUUAUUAUUAUUAUUAUUAUUAUUAUUAUUAUAUAUAAAAAAAUACAUGUGACUGCCCCCUUCAGGCUAAAAACAAGAUGUCUUUUUUUUCUCAUUUUCGAUUGCACAAUACUGCUAUUUGAUUUAGCAAUGUUGAACACAAUGGGUUAAAGUGUUAAGAGUGCUAAGUCUGUUUUAUGUUCCAUUUACAAAAUGCCUUUUUAGAACCAAGGGAUAUACGUAGAUAUGGACUUUAUAACACUUUCCUAACCAAUGCUCAACAACAGCUACUGUAGAUGACACAUCAUGUGAGAUUCACCCACACCUGCAACGAGUUAAGUGACUUUAACAUAUCCACUCAUGGUAUUAUGAAGUCCUUAUUUACCCUCGCCGACAGUGAGUACCCCUUUUGUAUGCUUGAUGAUCUAUCUAUAGUCAAUGCAUUCUCUAAUUUCAGUCUGUGCUCAUUUUGAAUUGAAGGUUCACCGUAAAUUCCACUGGUACUAUUCAUGUAUUUCAUGUACUAUCAACAAUUUUUAUGAUAGAAACCAGAGACAGCUAUGCGGUUUAACUACUUGUAUGGGUAUACUAUGGGUAUGGAUAAGUACAUUGCCAAGCUAGUUUAGAGCUGUCAGUUGUCCCUAAGAAAACAAACAACUAACCCUUACCCUAAAGUACUUGUAUUACCUCAACACGUAGUAUAAUGACAGACAGAGAAACAUAAAUAUACCUAUUGAACCUAAUAUAUCAUACAUAUAUGGAUAUAUACAGACACAACUUAAAGACAAAUACGGUAAAACUUUAUAAUAACAAGCCAUUAGAAAUGAUUAUAUGUACAUGUUACUGAAAUGCUUGUAAAUUAAAAAAUAAAUAAAAACGAGUUUAUUAAUAGUAUGUAUACUAUUUACAUAGUUGAAUGCUUAUACUUGAAAGUUGUUAUAAAGGGUUACCACAAAGUCAUUAAAGACAUAUUGUUACCUGUGGACCCUCAGUUCACGCAUGGCCUUGAGUUUAAACAUAGACAGACAAAUGUAAACCUAGUCAUCAGCAUUCCAAAGACAAAAUAUGUCUCAUUUUUUCACAACACUUUGUAAAACAGACUUAGGUAUUAUUGUUUGCUGCCAUGGUAGGAGAAUGAAUAGGAGAAACGAAGUGGUCACUGGAAUACAUGGUUGAGACUAAUGCUGUAUUUUAUUUUUGAAAUGUUGGAAACACAAAAGUAUUAUUCAUCAAGAAACUGUAUAAAGUAUAUUUAUUUCGAUGGAAUGUUCAUGAUCUAUCUUUUUAUAUUUUGAAGAAAAAAAUAGAAACAUAUCAAUAAAGUAUCAUAAUUGAACAUCAUUUCGACUAUUGAGACUUAAAAUGUAUGAAUGUCAAUGCGAUCUAAUGUGAACAGAAAUUCGCAGCUUGAACGAAUAAAUGAUUAAAGUCAUGAACUGCUUUUUCAAAGACAUUCAAUUGCUUCAAAUCAUUGAAAUGAAAACUUAAAAUAAAUGAAAAAUAUUUCACAUCAA